CAAUGAAGCCAUUAACACCUAAGACCCAGCACUAAAACCCUCAUUCAGUAUUUAGUUCGCGCGUGACACAGCUCGCAGAUAAGACCAAAAUAAAACAGUAUUUACUCAAGGCGACUUUAUCACCCAAUUAUCAACGUGCAACGAACAGUUUAUUUUCGCCUUCACCAUGUCCAACCCAAUCUUCAUCCACGAAGACCAAGUGAAAAAACUGUUGAACUGGGACAGCACCUUCGACGCAGUGGAAGCAGCCUUGGAGAGCGUGUACAACAAGCGGGCUGUUCAAAGUCCCCGAACUUUCACGCAAUCAACAACAUCGAAAACGUUGUUGUUAACCAUGCCGGGACACUUAGAUAACGAGCGUUUCGGGGCAUUAGGAUGCAAAUUGGUUACUGUUGCCCCUGAUAAUAUUAAUUUGGAGCAUCCUUUACCGACCAUAAACGCGCAAAUUUUGCUGUUUGAGGAAGCCACUGGAAUUUUAAAGGCGGUCGUUGGCGGUACUGAAAUAACGAAGUGGCGCACGGCUGCCGCCUCCGCAGUGGCCACUAAACACCUUAAACCGAAAGAGUUUCAAGUUUUAGCGAUAUUGGGGGCCGGGGUUCAAGGACGGAUUCACGCUAUAUGUUUCAAUCACUUUUAUGACUUCAAAGAGAUACGUAUCUGGAACCAUAAUGUUCACAAAGCUGAAACUCUAGUGCAGGAGCUCAAUCAAGUUUACAAUUGUCAAAAAUUCAAGUGUUGCCAAUCUAACGAAGAAUGCGUUAGAGGUGCCGAUGUUGUUGUGACGGCUACUUUUGCCAAAAGUCCGAUUGUACAGAAGGAGUGGCUGAAAGAUGGGGUUCAUAUUAACGCCGUCGGCGCCGGUCUCGUCCAUCACAGCGAACUUUCCGAAUCAAUUUAUCAGUCAUCCCAUGUGUAUAUAGACCAUUGGGCUGGAGCCCAAACCGAGUUAGCCGGUUUGGGGAAACUGGGAGUCGAAUUCAAGGGUGAAAUCGGAGGGGUUAUAACCGGAGACUUGCCGCCGCCCCCUCUCGAUCAAGUUACCGUGUUCCAGAGUUUAGGGAUGGCGGCGGAGGAUUGCGCUAUGGCUCGUCUCAUUUACGACCUUUUCAUCCAGGAGUCAAACAUGAACUAAUUAUACCUAUAUACAUAUUCUUGGAUUCAAUAAAUUAAUAACGAAUUAAAAA